UAUAAAAUCAAAAUAUUUAUAUUUUGAUGAAUAAAGAGGAGAAGAAUUAGAUGGAGCUAGACCUAGCACUAAAGACAACACAACCAACAUGUCCUUAGAUUUAGUUAGUUAUACGGUUGUUACGUUAAUUGUUAUUUUCUUGAUCCUAUUUAUACGUGUAUAGAAGUUGUAUUGUAUUUUCAUUUUAAUAACAAAGUUUAUUGAAAAUGAAUAGAUAUUCAAAUAUAUUGGUAAUUCUGUGUUUUAUUUUAAAUUUUGUCAUCUCUUUACAGAAACCAAUAGAGUUGGACUUAACACCAAAGACAGCACAACCUUUAGUUGAGGGAGAUGGUGGUAGUUACUAUAUUUGGUUAAGUUCUGAAGUUCAAAUUUUGGCUGAAACAAAUGUUGCUGCUGGUCAGUUUAUUCUUCAGCCACGAGGGUUUGCUUUUCCUCAUUAUGCAGAUUCAUCUAAAGUUGGUUAUGUUGUUGAAGGAACUGACGGUGUAGUUGGAAUGGUACUUCCCAAAACUGGAAAAGAAGUUGUUUUAAAACUUAAACAAGGAGAUGUUAUACCCGUACCUAUUGGAGCUAUUUCAUGGUGGUUCAAUGAUGGUCACUCAAACCUCAACAUUAUAUUUCUUGGUGAAACUUCAACGGCUCAUGUUCCAGGACAAUUCACUUAUUUUUUUCUGACGGGUCUUCAAGGACUUUUAGGAAGUUUCUCUAGUGAAUUAAUAGGCAAAAUAUAUAAUUUUGAUAAAGAUGAAGUGAGCCAAUUAACACAAAAUCAACCGGGGGUUGUGAUAAUCAAGUUAGAAAAAGACCAAUCAAUGCCUAAGCCACAAUUGAACAUAACUAAAGAUUUUGUUUAUGACAUUGAUACUAAAGUCCCAGAAAUUGCAGUCCAUAAUGGAGGAUUAAUUACAACCUUAACUAAGAAAGAUUUUCCUUUUAUUAAGGACGUGGAGUUGAGUGUGAUUAGGGUGAAACUUGAACCUAAUGCUAUUAAGGCACCAUCAAACCUAAUUACUCCUGGGAUUCAAUUAAUUUACAUUGCUAGAGGAAGUGGAAAAAUUGAAAUUGUGGGAUUGAGUGGAAAAUGUGUAUUGGAUGCUCAAGUUAAGGCUGGUCAUUUGACUGUUGUACCACAUUUUUUUGUAGCCGCUCAAAUUGCAGGUGAUGAAGGAAUGGAGAGCUAUUCUAUUGUAACAACAACCAAGCCUUUGUUUGAAGAGUUAGCCGGUAAGACAUCAAUUUGGGAAGCCUUAUCACCUUUGGUGCAACAAGUGUCUUUCAACGUGGAUUCUAAAUUUCAAAAGCUUUUUAUAUCCAAGGUCACGGAAAACAACAAUCUCAUUCCUCCUACUAUUUAGUUUGACUUGUUUUAUUGGAAUAAAUUUCUUAUGUGUGUUUUUUAAUAAGUUUGUUUUGUUUGAAUGAUAAUAAUGUGUUUAUUACUGUUUUAUAAUUAUUAUGUAUGUUUUUAAUUUGUUUGAUAUCAAGGAUUCAUCUAUUUAUAAUAUAUUAAAUCAGAGUCGUAGAUUCUUGUU